AUGUCAAUCGAUGAACUAUUACAAAAUAAAACAUGCGUACAAAAAGAAGCUAAAAAUGAUAUUUCCCAAGACAAAAAUACUCAAAAACAGACAACAAAUUCUGAAUCUAACAAUGAUAUUGAUCUUAUCAAAAUGUUUGAUGAUAACAUAGCAGCAUAUGACAAACGAUAUCACAUGAAAUCAAAUGAAUCCAUUGAUGAAGUUUUUGCUUUAAUCGAAAAAGUUUUAAUUUCGAAGUAUAAAACGCCAUCGAUCAAUAUUGUUUUAACAAUACUCGAAGCAAUCCGUUAUAAUUAUAGAUCUAUCAAUAUUUAUAUUGAUUUACUCAAACGAAUCAUCACAAAAUAUCCAAUUCCUUCUUUACCAAAAGAACAAGUUGAAACUGCAAAAUAUAAUGGCUUGAUAUUAUCAACUAACCCUGAAGAAAUAUGUUUAAUCGACAGAUCCCUUUAUGAGCAAGAAGAAAACGAAAUUAUAGAAAUCAUUGCAUAUGAUCAAAUUGAUAAAUUCAAAGAAUAUAUUAGCAAAACUAAGAAGAAUCGAAUUUCCAGUUUUGACAUUCCUUCUUAUAGACGUGUUACUCAUAUUGAAGGUUGUGCAUAUUUUGGAUCAGUAAAUAUAUUUAUGUUCCUAUUCCCAGAUGCAUAUAAAUCGCCAGAAACAUUUGAAUGUGCUAUCAUAGGUGGUAACACUGAUAUUAUUAAUGAAUGUUUGAAAAACGGUAUGUUUUAUUUUGAUAGCGUAAAUACCGCUAUUGAAUGCCAUAACAAUCAAUUUCUUGAAUAUGUUUUAGAAAUGGGGCUUGUUGAUAUUAGAAAAUUUAAAUAUUUAGUUGACUCAACUUGCACUGCAACAAAUUUGAAAGCUCUCUUCCUUCUUUACAAUAAGGAUAAGGAAGGAACAGCUCAAACAUUUGCAGCAUUUCCACAAUUGAAUGAUAUUAUCAAAAGCAAAAUAAUUGAUUUUUACAUCAGAUGUCAAAGGAUUUUUAAAUGA